AAAGCAUACUUUAGGAACGGAAAUUUUUAAUCAGAGAAGAUACAUUAUCUUUUAACUUUAGGUAAAUUAUUUUUCAAUGUGAUAUACAUAUGUGUGUACAUUUGAUAUGACAAAAUCGUAUUGUACACGAUUUAUAUUAUUAGUUGAUAUCAGACACGCUGACAGAGAAGCAAUUAACAGUAUACAUAUACUUCACGAAUGUUCUUAACGUAAUAAUAUUUUAUACUAAACUUUAUGAUGGGAACCAUCAAUUGGGGAGAAUUAUUCCCAGGAAGAUGGAGUCUUGUCAUUUUUAUUUCAUAUAUGGCCCUGUUUGUGAACCAAGGUACAUGAGUGUGGUUAUGUUUCUUUGUUUAUUUUAUUCUUUUCAUAUGAUUUUCUUUGUUGCUGAAUGUUUGUCAAACAGAAACAAUACAUAGUGAUAAAUGACUGAUGAUAAUAAUGCAAAAAAUGUAUAUGUAUAAUUAUUUAUUAAUGAAAUGUGUAGUAUUUUGUCAAUUUCAAAUAUGAUUUAAAUAUCCUAUGGUAUUAUUGUAACUUGGUCUCAAAGAGAUGGUCACUAUGAAUAUAAUAUUGUUAUGGUAGUAUUGAUGACAGAAGUAUUAAAGUUAUUUACGUCUGUAAUAUUGUAUUGCAAAGAUAAUAACUUUUCAAGUUUGUAUCAAGAAGUAACAGGAAAUAAGAGAGUGCUACUGCUGUAUAUGAUACCAUCAUUUUUGUAUUGUUUAUACAAUAAUCUGGCAUUUAUCAACUUGGCUGUAUUUGAUCCAACAACCUACUAUGUGUUGUUGCAAUUUCGUGUUGUCAUGACUGGAAUUAUUUUCCAAGUUGUUUUUAAUAAAAAAUUGUCAUUGAAACAAUGGUUUUCACUAGUAUUAUUGACAAUUGGAUGUAUGAUAAAACAUAUAGACUUGGACUUUAGUGUCAAUGUGUUUAAUGCCAAAAUUAAUUUGAAUAGUAAUAUAAUUUUAGUGUUUGUACAGACAAUUUGCUCUUGCUUAGCUGGAGUUUACAAUGAAUAUUUACUUAAAGAGCAAGGGGCAAACAUUAAUAUUUUUGUACAAAAUGUAUUUAUGUAUAUUGAUAGUAUCUUUUGUAAUCUUAUAGUUUUUAUACUGUUUUUUAUGUCGGAUAAUAACGCUUCUAACAUGUUGAACAAUGUCGAUCUUAUAAUACUUAUGCAACCAAAAGUUAUACUAAUAAUGCUGAACAAUACAGCAAUUGGAAUUAUUACAAGUUUUUUCUUGAAAAACUUGAAUUCGAUUUUAAAAACUUUCGCUAGUGCAUUAGAACUGAUAUUUACGGCAGUUCUAUGUUGGUUAAUAUUUAGUAUUUCAAUUCAUUUAAAUACUGUACUUUCGAUCACUAUGGUGAGCUAUGCAGUUAUAUUGUACUCGCAAAAUCCAGUACAAAAUACCCGAACCAAAGAGCGAGCAAAGGCUGAUACUAUAGUUUAAUAGAAGUCAAUUAAAAACUUUCGUCAACUACAUUCUGUACAUGAAUUUUACCUGAUGUAAAUCUGUCACUUAUAUGUUCGUUACGUUAUGCUUUAUUAUAUAGUUAUAUAGUUUUAUAUGUAUAAACUUAGAAAGCUUUUAUAUAAUAGACAUUAAAGUAUAACAAUUUUGUUACAGAA